CACUAAUUGUCAUUGCAUCCCGUUCCAAGCGAGCACCAUGCCGUCCUCCGUCUCUUCCACGCAGUCCAACUACCUCCAAACGCUCUUGGCCUCCGCGCGGCCCUUCCUCCGCGGUGAGCUGGAGGCCGUCGACAAGAACUUACCUGGUCAGGUGGCCGUCCUGCGUUCGGUCGGAGCUGGCGAGUGCUGGCACAAGCACGGCAACUUUCUUGAGCAUUUGAUGGACACACAUCGGAUUCUCAAGAUCUGGAAAGCGCCGGAGGCCGUCUGUCUCUGCGGCCUCUUUCACUCCGCUUACUCCAACUCCUACGUCAAUCUCGCCAUAUUUGAUCCUAACACGGGACGCGACGUCGUUCGCGGCCAUGUUGGCGUGGACGCCGAGCGUCUGAUUCAUUUGUUCUGUGUCGUUCCACGGCAACCAAUCAUCCACGACGAUCUUCUGUUCAAGUACUCUGAUUCGGAACUCGUCGAACACCUCAAGCAUUCGGAGGUUUCGGUGAAGAAUGCGAAGGAAAAAGGCUUGUUUAAUAGUGAGGAAAUUUGGCGGAAGAAAUUGAAUACUCUGGUUCCUGCUAACGGCACCACAGUGAAGCAUAUAAAAACGGGUGAAGACGUUGUCGUUUCGAGAAGGAUACUGGCGAUUUUUCUUUUGAUGACGAUAGCGGAUUUUAGCGAUCAGCUAUUCGGAUUCCAGGAUCAGCUGUUCGACAAUCACGACGGCCGGCUUGACUUUUCUGGGAACGGCUGUUCUGCUCUGUGGCCUGGAGACGGAAAGCCGGGGCUGUGGUUGAAUUGGGCAUCAAGGAUGGGUGCAAUUUACAUGCUGAUUGUGAGGGAGGAGGAGAUUUUUAUGGAGGAGAGGAAGAGAACUGGUGGAAUAGAAGUUGAUAAAGGCAGAGAUGAGGAUCUUGAACUGGUUGUGCCGCCGGUGUUCGAUGGCUGCACCAAGGUGGUUGACGCCAAGGAUCAGAUAGAAGCACGAGACUUGUACUGGGAAGCUGUGUGCGAGAGUAAUCCGCAGGGAAGGCUGGGGAAAACAGAGGAGUUGCUUUUGGGUUCCAUUGAAAAGAACCCAUUUGUGGGUGAGCCAUAUGUGGUUUUGGGCCACGUUUAUCUGUCCCAGGGAAGGUUUGAGGAGGCUGAGAAGGCGGCUGAAAAGGCAGUGACCCUUUUGCUGGAGUGGGGCAGCCCAUGGGACAAGAGGAUAUCAUGGGGAGGCUGGGUUGCUUGGGCUAGGGUUCUGUUGAUGAAGGCUAAGGAGAAGGCUUGGCCCAAUACUUCGUGGGGCAUCCUCAACCUUGGCCUUGUUAGGUAAGCUUAACCACUGCACUUCAAGUUUGUGUCUUGUCUAGACUACCGACCCUACUACAUACAUCCACUCCGAAUAGCAUGGAUUGGGAUAAUUCACCCCCCUCAAUAAUCUGUAGACAAAUUACCCUUAAAAGAUCUGUGUUCCAAAUCACUACUGAAAUUCUUCUUGAAGAUUUGUAUUGGUUUAGAUCCCAAAUGGCCAAAUCCUUUCUAAGAUCUGUUGGCAUUGGAACCCAAUGUAGAAAUCACACUAGCAGUAUCCUCACGCGCUAUGUACGAGAGAAAGAAAAGAACUCAAGUGAGCAAGUGCUAGCGAACUUGAAGAAUGUUUGGCACAGGUUAAUAAUUAUUUACUUAAAAA